AUGACUUUAGAAAACGACGAAGAGAUGAAGUACGACGAGGACGAGCCUAUGGACGAUGAUGCCAGCAGUAGCAGCGAUGAAGAAAGUGAACAGGAAGGCGAAGAAGCUGGUGGAGAUGGAAAGAGAAAGGUAGGUAAUAUACUAUGCUUCUCAUUUUGGGUUUAGGUUUAUAUUCCUGGAGUUAGUCGUCAACUGAAGGAAGGAGAAGAACUUGAAUAUGAUCCAGCUGCUUACAGAAUAUUCCACACUUUUGAAACUGGUAAGAUUGUGUUCAGUUUUGUUUAUCUUACUUUUCGGUCUUUAAAAGCUGCGUUUAAUACAGAGUUUUUAAUAUUUUUUUACUUUAUAUUACAGUUUUUUUUAAUAAAUUUCCUUAUUCAUUUCAUUAAACGUUAUUUUUAGAAAAUCCUUGUUUAUCAUUUGAUGUCCUAAGUGACAAUUUGGGUGAGAAACGUGAACAAACACCUUUAACCUGUUAUCUGGUUGGGGGCACUCAAGUUGAGAAGUUGAAUCAGAAUCAGCUUGUGGUGAUGAGGUUGAGUAACAUGUAUGGAAUUGCUGAUGAACAAUCGGACGAUGAGGAUGAAGACGACGAAGAUGAUGAGGACGAUGAAGAAAAGGAAAAGAAACAAAAGGAAAAAGAUCCCAUUCUGACAGCUGCUGUCAUCAAACAUCAAGGAGAAGUCAACAGAGUUAAAGUAGGUUUACUUUGGUUUUUGUAAUGUAAAAUACGACACGUAUAUAUGCGUCUUUUUAUUAGUUAAAAUUUUGAAAGGCUGUAAUUGGAUUAUUGUUUUAGAGCCACUCUCUAGGACCAGCUGAAGUGUGUGCCGUUUGGAAUUCGACUGGUAAAGUUCAGAUUUGGAAUUUGAAUUCAGCAAUUGAGAAGAUUAAUGCUUUGGAAGAGGUUAAGAAAACUGUCAGAUUGGAUUCAGAAAGACCUAUUUUUUCGUUUGACGGCCACAGUGCAGAAGGUUUUGCCCUUGGAUGGUCACCUUUACGUCCUGGAACAUUGGCUAGCGGUGAUAAUCAUAAAAAGGUACGUUAUAGUCCAGUAGCGCCGUUUUUAUAUAGUUUUAUGGCUGAGAAAACAGCUAAAACAUGUUUAACUGACUACACCUUUUUUUAAGUUCUGUAAGUUCGGUUUUGCGGAAAAAAGACUCGUCUAUAGACUAAAACUGUGGUUUUAGAUAUUCCUAUGGAACAUGAAUGAAGGAGGCCAAUGGUCAGUGAACCAGCGUCCUCUGAUUGGUCAUAAUGACUCAGUAGAAGAUGUCCAAUGGUCUAACACAGAAGAAAGUCUGCUUGUUUCAGUAUCAGUCGACAGAUCCAUCAGAUUGUGGGAUGUUAGAGCUCCAGCAAAUCAAGCUUGUGUCUGUAAGGUUGAGAAUGCUCACGAGAGCGAUAUUAAUGUAGCUGGAUGGAACAAACACGACCCUCUGAUUGUCACUGGAGGUGACGAUGCUGUCAUCAAGGUCUGGUCACUCAAGAAUAUUCAGGUAGGAUUUUAAAAGCUUACCUUUUAUUUUCAGAGGUAUAAGUUUCUGUUUGUGUAAUAAAUAAUUAUCUUUAUGGUCCUUUGGUAUUGUUAGAACACUAUACAUUUUAAAAAACUUAGAGGGUACAUAAUAUUACUCAUAAUUUCAGUACGGCCAAUCCGUGGCCCGCUUCAAGCACCACAAGAGCCCCAUCACUUCAGUCGAAUGGCAUCCAGAAGAUACUACAACAUUCAUGGCUUCGGGUGAAGAUAACCAAAUUACUUUCUGGGAUUUGGCCAUGGAAACGGACAGUGGAGCUGAUGAGGAUGUGGAAGGUAUUCCACCACAACUAUUAUUUGUCCAUAUGGGCUUGGAAGAGAUCAAGGAAGUCCAUUGGCAUCCAAAGAUCAAUGGCCUCGCCUUGGCCACAGCUUUAAACGGCUUCCACGCUUUCAGAACUAUCAAUAUUUAA